UGAAGCAUUUGUGUGGGGUUUAAGGGAGUGAAAGACCUCUGUUUCUGUUGAUAAACCCUACAUCCGGAUGUGAAUUCCCAUGGCCAUUUCAAGUGGCCUCGGAUACUCUCGACUUCCAUGUUUGCAUCUCCGCCCUCCCCUCCGCCGCUACUUUCUCCAGGUAAGGCUGGGAUAUGCUGCUGCAGUUGAAGCAUUUGAUGGUACCGAGAGUGAGAAGGUGGUUGAUAGUGUGAGUGGUGCUGAUGUAUAUGGAAGGGUGCCGGAGUGGAAGAAGUUGAACUCCAAGGACCUUGGAAUUAGUACUUCAAAAAUUUCAAGACCUACAAGAGUGGUUCUUAAUUGUCUUAAAAGAAGAGGCUUUGAAGUUUACCUUGUUGGGGGAUGUGUAAGGGAUCUCAUCUUGAAGCGAAUACCUAAGGAUUUUGAUAUAAUAACCUCUGCGGAACUAAAAGAGGUGAUGAGGACGUUUUCUCGAUGUGAGAUGAUCGGCAAACGUUUCCCAAUCUGUCAUGUGCACAUUGAUGAUACUAUUGUGGAGGUCUCAAGCUUUAGCACUCGUGCAACAAGGUUUGGCAGGGAUUUGACUUUGGAUCCUGAGAAGCCUGCUGACUGUGACGAGAAGGAUUAUGUUCGCUGGAGAAACUGCUUACAGCGGGACUUUACAAUAAAUGGUUUGAUGUUUGACCCUUAUGCAAAGUUGGUGUACGACUAUACGGGUGGUGUUAAAGAUAUUAGGAAAGCUAAAGUGCGGACCAUAAAACCUGCGAAUCUUUCCUUGACUGAGGAUUGUGCUCGUAUUCUUCGUGCUGUGCGAAUUGCUGCUCGUUUGGGCUUUCGUUUUUCAAGAGAGACAGCCCUUGCAGUAAAAAGGUUAUCUGCUUCAGUACUACGGCUUGAUAGGGGGAGGCUUCUCAUGGAAGUCAAUUACAUGAUGGCAUAUGGUUCUGCAGAGGCCUCCUUGAGAUUAUUAUGGAAGCUUGGUCUUCUGGAAAUACUUCUGCCUAUUCAGGCAUCAUACUUUGUCCGUCAUGGUUUUAGGAGACGUGACAAGCGGUAUAACAUGCUUUUGUCUUUAUUCUUCAACCUUGAUAAACUCCUGGCACCUGAUAGGCCGUGUCACAAUAGCUUAUGGUUUGCAAUCUUAGCAUUUCAUGAAGCUCUGUCAGAACAGCCAAGGGAUCCCCUAGUGAUCGCUGCAUUUAGCCUUGCUGUCCACAAUGGCGGAGAUUUACCUGAAGCUUUAAGUAUCGCAAGACGCAUCAAUAAGCAACAUGACAUAAGUUUUCAUGAAUUGUUGGAACCUAGGAAUCUGGAUUCUGAUGCCCUAUUGGAAGAGGUCAUGAGUUUGGCAGCUUCCGUUCGAGCUGCACUUACUCAUAUGACAGAUGAGUAUUUUGUCUCCCAGGCAAUGGCUAAAUAUCCCAAGGCACCAUACUCGGAUCUUGUAAGCACUCACCUGCCUUUUACUCCUCCACAGGUAUUUUUUCCACUGGCACUUUACUUGAGGGUUUGCAAGAUAUUUGAAUGUGUUGGAGGCGGGAAGGAAAAAGGAUUUGUACCAAAGCAUGGUAGUAAGAUUGAUUAUGAGUUGUUAGCUAUGGGACGUUUAAAGGAAGUCCGCCAUGUAUUUGCAAGAGUUGUUUUUGACACAAUAUACCCAAUUGACAACAGACUUCAAAAGUGAUAGUAAAUUCAUAUUAGGAGAGGAGAAACCCGAUAGUAACACAUCAAGCUCAGCUGGAAACUAUACGCAACACGCCAACACCAAAGGCAGAUUGAGGGCUUGGCUUCAAAGGAUAGACUAUCGGAAUGUAUACUGUAUCAUUAUCUAAGGCAUUAUCCUUAGAUGUAUUACGGCUACUUGUUUUUCUUUUUAUUAAGAAAAUAAAAAAAAAAUAGGAUCUCUAAUGUUUAUAAUUGCAAUUGGAAGGUUAUUUUCAUAGGCAUCAUAGUCAUUUAAUUCAAUUUUACGUCAAGGAUAGGAUUUCUUUUUGGCUUUCCACUCAACUAGUCCUUGCAAGUAACAGGAAGCUAAACAAAACUGAACCUUGAAUAAUCAUCAAAGUACUGCUUUACAAAAAUGUGCAUUGCUUAAUGAACAAGGCAAACUUAUUGGACCUGUAUGUACUAAGCUCUCAUCUAUCAACAACUGCAAAACUGCAG